UCUCACAGAAAGCCAGCCACUUCUCACCGGAAUGAUUAGCAGCAGAUACCGAAGCGGAUCAAACGAUGGCGAGAGGCUGCCGGUGUUUACGAGGAGCGGUAGCCCGGUGUGUCAGCCAGUUCCGGGCACCUGCGAUCAGAGGCAGCUCUCGGAAGAAUGGCCUGAGAUAUCUCUCCUCAUGUGGGAUCCUGAUGACUCGAUAUCCCCCCCUGUUGGCGGUUCUGCCCAGGCAGCCCAGCAUCCCGCCUGUUCGGAGUUUCUUCAAUCUGGCGGAGUCAUUCAACAGGAGGAAGGAGUACUCCGAGAGGCGCAUUAUCGGCUACUCCAUGCAGGAGAUGUAUGAUGUUGUGGCAGGGGUUGAAGACUACCUCCACUUUGUGCCAUGGUGCAAGCGCUCAGACGUGAUCUUCCGCCGCUCAGGCUUCUGCAAAGCCAAGCUAGAGGUGGGCUUCCAUCCAGUGCUGGAGAGAUAUACGUCACUGGUCACCACAGUUCGCCCCCAUCUGGUUAAGGCUUCCUGCUCUGACGGAAAACUCUUCAACCACCUGGAAACUGUGUGGCGCUUCAGUCCCGGACUGCCCGGCUAUCCCCGUACCUGCACUCUGGACUUCGCUAUCUCCUUCGAGUUCCGCUCGCUCCUGCACUCCCAGCUGGCCACGGUCUUCUUCGAUGAGGUGGUGAAGCAGAUGGUGUCAGCCUUCGAGAGGCGGGCCCACAAGUUGUAUGGGGCUGAAACACGGAUACCACGCGAACUCAUGUCCCACGAGAUACACCAGACAUAAGGCUUCGCUUGUGAUGCUCGGCCUGCUCAGAGAUAGCAGAGUGCUGAGGUUUCUGCCUGCCUCUGUGCCUUAGUGUCACUAAAACAGAUUUUUUAUUCUCUUUAGCAGCCCAUGGCUGAUUAUUGCUCUUUUUUCGAUUUUAUUCCCAAUUUUAAUUGCCUCUGGCUUAGUUUCUUUGUCAUGAGGCAAAGGAGAGCGGAGGUUCCUUCCUCUGACUCGCAUCGCUGUCCUGUCUGCCCUCUGGGAAUCGACACUGGGGACCCUUGUUAAUGGUAACCAGUAAGGUUAUGUGUCGAGCUAUGCUGAUAAACCAAUCCCAGCUGACCCUCACCCCCCCAAGAUACUAAAACUAAAUUGCUCCUCCACUAAAAACUUUCUGGACAGAACUACAGAAUAUGACAGUGUACACUGGAAUAGUGGUUGGGGGAGAUUACCUUAACCAAUGAACCCACUCAGAACCUUGUGUCCAGCCCAUUGUUCUGCAGCUGGGGAGAUAUUUGCCAAGGAUUAAACAAGUUAAAUUAUUUUUCAUCAGAUGGGUGGGACUAUGGGAAAUUUUGGCUCUCGGGGUGCAGGAUGUCCAUCCAUCCAUCUACCCACCCAUCCAUCCAUCCAUCUAUCCAUCUAUCCAUCCAUCUUCUAACUCCUUAUUCAGGUCAGGGUUGUGGGGGGGGGGGGGGGGGGGGUGGAGUUUUUCCCAGGCAGCACAGAGCACAAGUAUUUAUAAAGCUGAGUUUCCCCUUAUGGGGGGAAAAAAUAAAACCACACACACACACACACAAACACACAUACAAUAUCAUACACCACAAGCAAUUUAAAGAUGCCGUUUACUUUGCAUGUCUUUGACUGAGAGGAAACUGUAGUACAUAUAGGAAGCCUGCACAACACUGGGGAAACCAGUAAACUUCACACACACAGCAGAGGAACGAUUCGAACCCCAGCCCUGGAGGUGUGAAGCCACAGCGCCACCCACUGGCCCACUGUAGCAUGCCAGGUGCAGAACAUGAUCUUCUGAGUAUGAUAUGAGCAUUUGGCUCUGGUAUAAAUGUAUAGCUAAGCACUAAUGAUAUAGUGUGGAGUAUGUGCUGGUAGCCGGGUGUUAAGAACAGGACAGCAGUGUUCAGCAAAAAUAAAUCAAGUGAAGGUGGCAGGAGAAAUCGUCUGGCGGGUACAGUGGAAAUCCCAGGGUUACUGAGAUGAGUGAAAAUGCACAAUUUAUUUAAUCUUUGCCGAGUGAACCAUGCUUUUCGCUAGGAUGCCAAAUCCUGAGGCUGUCAGCUUAAAUCAGUGUUAAUGACGUGUGCAGUAUGGUUUUUAGUUCGGUAUUAAGCAGAUAUGUAACUAUGCCUAAUGCUGAAAAGGUCCCGGGGGGGAGGCUUUGGUCAAGUGCCGGCCAUGGUUGACCUUAACAGGCUUUGUAGAUACCUACCUGACAAUUCCCUUCAGAGACGCUCCAGUAUACCCAGUGCACUGUGCCCCCAUAUUUAUCCAGACCAUUAUUAUUACUUAGUGUAUGUACGCUCCAUACGCUCAUGCUAUUUAUUUAGCUUAUUGGCUUCAUGUGCACGCGAACUACAAGCAAGAGGCAAAUGCGCACAAUUUUAUAUUUAUAAUGUUGAUGGAUUUUUAGCAAACGCGUAUUUUUAUGAGUGAAUACGUGGUAUUUGUAUAUAUGCAGCAGGGGAGGAUCCCAGCAAGAGGCGGACAGGCCGCUGGUCAGGGGGGGCGUCACUGGAGCCCCACGGCUGAGAAGGGGGAUCCGAUUUCACCCAGGGUGCCAAGUACACCUGAACCGCCACUGAUGGGAUCCUCAACGAUACUCACCACAUGCAGCAGACAACUGUUCUCCCACAGAUGCUGUAGACCAAAAAUUGUGGUCUCAUGAGUAACAAAGUAAUUGUGACGGUUGAUGUAGGAUGUAGGAUGUCGUUACAAGACCUGACUGUAGGUGGCACAUUUCUCAAAACAAUGGAAAUCCACAUUUUGUCAGCUUAACUGUAUAACGUGUGUUGUGAUAAAGAUCCAAAUCAUUUCAUAUUCUGACUCAUCUGAUUGUAAGUUGGGAUAUUGGGUAAUACAAAAUGUCAAUAGUUGUGUAGAUUGCUGUUUAUUCUCACUCUCAAAGCUUUGUGUGAUUUUCACACAAAAUAUGUUUUUAGUGAUCUGGUGAACCCCAUGAGAGCAUUAUUUUCGCCAAAGAAAUAAGCAGUGUUUCUA